GCAAUGCGACUUAUCUUUUUCUAGGCAUCGGCUCCACGCAGAUGCUGAAAGCAGGCACUCCGAUUUGUAUUUUGCUGGUUCUAGUGGCGCUGAGGUUGGAAAGCCCGUCACUGGGCUCCUGCUUUUGCGCCUCUUGCCUCUUUUCCUGGCCACCAGAUUCACCCAUAUGUGUGACACCCGUUGGCCCAAUCCGACACGAGUCGGGACCUUCAUUACCGCAGCAAUAUCGCCCGAGUGGAAUGUUGGAGGACUCAGCUGUUCAGUGGCUGCCAUGAUCACGGAAGCUUUGCGAAUUGGGCUGACGCAAUUCCUUCUACGGGCUUGCAAAUUCAGCGUCACUGAAGGACAAUACGUGUUGGCACCCACCGUUUCAGCAGCCCUUCUCUCAGCAUCCCUCGCGAUGGAGUCGCAGAAGCUUCUGGAGGUGGACGUCUUGGACAAACUCUUCAAGUAUCUGCACCUGUUUUUGUUCGCUGCUGGACUUGGCACCGUGGUGAACUACUCGAAUAAAGUUCGAUACUUCAACGUCCUCUUGUGCAUAGCCAUGGCAGCUGUUUCGAGAAGGAUACGCUUCAGGCUGCCAAGACCAGGGCCGUCCACCGCGUGCAUCGGGGGCAGGAGGUUCAACUCCUGGGAAGGCCCACGCAUCCAGGUGGAGCGCGUGGAUCCAGUGUCCUCGGCCGAGGCUCUUCGCCGGCGUAGAUACGGACCCUCGAGCUGGGACGGGCAGGUUCCUUGGGAACGAGGUUCGAUGAUCGUCCCGGAAGUGCUCGGAGAUGAUGAUGUUGAAGCGUUCAUCAAAGGAGAACUCGACCACUUUGUGCCAAUGCAGCCACGCCCUGUGAGCAUGCAGGAGGUGCUGGAGAUGCUGGAACCGCAGCGCAUCGCCAAGUUUUUGCACGUGGAGGUGCCUAUUCGGAUUGCGGAGCGAAUCAGGUGGAUUCAAGACAUACCGAAUUGGGAGGACAUCAAGGAGCUUAGAGAGAUCCACACUUCACACAUGAAGGUGUUCAGGGACCUCCGCUUGGUGCAGCGCCGGCCGACACUGGAUGCUUUCACAGCAGUGGUUCAGCAUGCGCUACAUGCACAGCAGCCUAUUCGACACAAGGUAGCCAUUGCCAUGCAUCGCUUGCAUACAGAGCGUGGGGAAGAGUUCGGCAGUGGCUUUACCGAUCCUUGGGCGGACGAUUUUCUUUUGAACUGUAUUGGCACCGAGAUGCUCAUGUCACAGUACUUGGCUUGCGUGACCAUGGAAGAUUCUGGAGUGCUCCAGAGGGGGCAUGCCAUGGCUGGAAUCAUUGACCCGGAUUGUGACGUGGCACAGAUCUGUCGAGACACUGCUAUGAGGGUACAGCAGAUCACUGAGGACAACACUGGUCGUUGUCCCCUCAUCCAGGUAGAAGUGUUCCAGGAGCGUGCUAUUCCUAGGUUUUCAUACAUCCCCGGCUUCCUGCGCUUCAUCAUGACGGAGGUACUGAAAAACAGUUGCCGUGCAACGGCCGAAGUUGCCAAGUCCGAUCGUGAUGUGCAGAAGCGGCCGAUUAAUGUGAUCGUUUGUGCAGACGACCAUGAAGUUGCAAUUCGAGUUAGUGACCGUGCACGAGGAAUUCCUUUUGGUGUGGGACAAAAGGUCUGGUCCUACCUUUACACAACUGCUGGCAAAGGUCCCAGCUAUGGUGAGGGUGCGACAUCGCUAGCAGGAUAUGGCAUAGGUCUUCCACUCUCUCGUCUCUAUGCCCGAUAUCUGGGUGGUUCACUGAACCUGGUUUCCCUGCCCGGAUAUGGCACCAGUGUUGAUUUGUUCCUCAGGCGAGUAAAUGCAAAUCAGGUCGAAAUUGUGCCUGAUAACGCGGGCGUCUCGGUGCUGCUCGCGAUUGCACUUGGAUCGUGCUAUAUGGUCAUCAAAUCAUGUGGCGCGCUCAGUCUCAAGAUUGUGACAACAUUUCGCAAUGUUUCGCUGGUUGCGUAUGGUGCUAUGAUGCUUGGAGAGCCCAUCAAACCGAAGCAUGUGACGGGAUAUGCUUUGGCACUUGUCGGCUUCUUGGGCUACACCUACUUCGGAAAUGCGCGUGAGCAACCAAAGUCAGUGAAGGUAAAUGGCUACUUUGUGGCGACUUUGACGCUCUUCGCGCUUGUCUCACAGGUUGGGGCAGCUGGAAACACCACUGAUUGUCAAUGUGGAGAGGCUGAGCCCGUCGAACCUAUCCUUCCGCUGUAUGCGACACUGCCGAUGAUAGCGGUACUGGUCGCUUUGUCCGGCCUCUUCUCCGGCCUCACCUUGGGUCUUAUGGGACUGGACGUGAUCGGCCUUCAAAUCGUUCAGAAAGGUGAGAACAAGGAGAUGGCCAGGUGCGCGGCGAAAAUCGCGCCAAUUCGAGAGUCUGGAAACCAACUUCUGUGCACGCUCCUCUUGGGCAAUGUGGCUGUCAAUUCAGCUUUGUCCAUCUUGACAGCAGACAUUGCCAGUGGCCUCGUUGGUUUUUUUGUCUCCACUGCUUUGAUCGUCACGUUCGGCGAGAUUCUGCCCCAGGCGGCUUGCUCCAGGUACGCGCUCCAGGUCGGAGCAAGGACAGUUCCCAUUGUACGGUUUCUGAUGAUCCUUUUCUUCGUCAUCACCAAGCCGAUGAGUAUAGCCCUAGAUUGGCUGCUGGGCCAAGAGGUUGGCACUAUCCACAGCCGGACGGAGCUUAUGGAGAUGCUGAAGCUGCAGAUUUCCCUCGGUGCUGUGGAUGCUGAGGAGGGCAAGAUUGCACAACAGGUCGCUGAAGGUGCUCUCAGCUUUCGUGACAAACAGGUUGGCGACAUUAUGACACCUCUUGAGGACGCUUAUUUCCUCAACAGCGACACGAAGCUUGGAUACGACGCCAUUCGGGAGAUCUUUGAGACCGGAUUUAGUCGAAUUCCAAUCUACGGCAGAGACAAGCAUGAGUAUCGGGGCCUCCUUUACACGAAGGACUUGAUGCUCGCCGAUCCUGAAGAUGAGAUGAAGGUGGGUGACUUCAUUCAGAUCUUCGGGAGGAAGGUAGAGACCGUCUUCGAGGAGACGAAAUUGGUGGCAUGUUUGAAUGCCUUCAAGAAGGGUGGCACGCACAUGGCACUGGUGCGCAAGGAGGAAUCGACAGUGUCAGCCAGUUUCGCAGCGAGCAGUUUCGGCGGGACGGCGAGUUUUACAGGCGGCAUGAGCACGACAGGAGACAUUCUGGAGAGCAGGCUUGAAAGGCUCUUGGAUGCCAAACUUGCAGAACACCUUGGUCAAGACGAGGCUACGCGCACAAUUCUCGCUCACUUGGAGAGAAUUGCUGAUUCCGUUGAGGCCUUGGCCGACAUACGGAGGCCAUCGCAACACAGACCAACCUCACCAAAGGACCCAAGCUCACCCAAGGAGGUUCGAGCAAAGCCACGUCGACCCGUCUCCUCAAUACAGAGCCUGGUGGAGUUGGAGAGUGCUUUUCUGCAGGAGGUUUGCGAAAUCAGAUCUGAGCGCCGCAAAAGCCACGUAGCUCCUGCGGAAGCGUCUGUCAAGUUUCUGCCGAUAGCGCCAGAAAAGAACGACGAGUUGGCACUGCCAGAACCACCAGAAUCCCCGGUACCUGGACUUGUCACCUCGGAUGUUGACGAUGCAGAUGUACUGCCGAAAGCAGUUCUGCCGCAGUCUGCGCAGAAGCGCCCUCGAUAUCGACAGCAUGCUGGCUCAACCCUUGUUGUCAUGAACCAGGAGUCACAAGCUUGUAUCCUGGAUUCGCACACCGCCACACACCUCAGCUACCAGGAGCCAGACCCCGUCGAGCUGGACCUGGGUUCCAGGCUUCUCCUAGCAAUACCAGGUUGCCUCUUCUGGGCGGCCGGUAUACCCGUCUUUGUGCUGUCUGCAUUCCUCAUAUUCUUGAAGACCUUCAAAGAGGAGCUCAACACCUCACAGGCUUUGAGCUUCAGACUGGCGUCUAGCCUGUUAUAUGGUUUGGUGUCAACGUUUUGCGUCGCCCGAUUGCGGAGAGCCCUGCUAUCAGAAGACUUGAACCUGGCAGUGGAUCGGUUACACAUGUUCGUGGCCGACUUCAAGCUGCACUGGAGCGAGGUGAGUGGCCAGGAAUGGCGCAAGUAUGUUGUGGCCUGGCUUUGCCUAGUCCUGUGCGGUGUGGUUCACUACAGCUUGGAAAUCUGGAUGGGCCAAAAGAGGGCCACGCAACUUUAUGCUGAGGAGCCGGCCUGGAUCUGGUCGGUGUAUGCUGUGCAGAUCUUGCUCUUGAUUUGCUUUGCAGUGUCCAGUGCCGUCUUCAUGGUGAUCACUUACGUGCAGUCUCAUCUCCUCCUAGGGCUAGACAAAGUCUUGGACUGUUGGUGCGGAGAGCUAGUCGAUUGCCCAGACUUCAUCGAGGGUGUGAGCAGCUGGAAUGCAAUGCAAGCACUACUGAAGUGCGUUGGACGAGAGCUUGCCGGCAGCUUUGUGGCUUUGCAAGCCGUGGGGGCAGUUGGCUUCGCCUUCUUUCUUGGUGGAUCAGUAAGCUUUGCAUUUCGCACCGACGUCGAACCUGUGGCACUACUUGCUGAAAUCCUCGCGUCAGUGCCGUUGCCGGUUCUCUUCAUCCUGAACAUGCGUGUGUGUGCUCAUGGGGCUGCUUUGACAGAGAAAUGUCGUGCCAUACCAGCUUUCGUCAAUCAACUCCAAUCCGACUUGCCGAACGAUUUCGACCGUCAGUACUUGGUAAGGUACAUCACAGACAGCUCUGCCGGCUUCUUCAUCCACGACGUGAAGCUAACCCAGGAAAUCUUCCUGAAGCAGUUCAUUGUGUUGGGAUCCCUUGUCUCCGGCGCCGUCAGCGUGCUGUGCGAACUCUCCCGGGCUACCUUGGUCUUGGAAAACGCACCGGCUGCUGCGAUUGAACAACAGGUCUUCCAAGCAUCUCAGUCUGCUUUCGGCAAAGCAAAGCUGCUGCGCGGUCUAGCGGUCACAACCGUGGAUACGGACCCGUACUUUGAGAUCGUCGGUGCCAUACAGGAUCACUUGCUGGAUGCACAGCGGCCCAUGGAAAUACAAGUAGUGCUGCCCGCUGUGCUGGGCCACCCGUCAGUGCCGAAAGUAGUGACGAUCGGUGGCGAAGGAGCGACGGUGCCUAAUGCCUCGCAGUUGAAGUUGUACCUGAGCAAAGCUACCAAUGUGCCUGCGUGGCGGAUUGAUCUGUGGACAGACUGCGGCCGUCUGCUGUCACCUAGACACCUUGCAGAGGUCCAGCGCAGUACCACAAGGCUGCAAGCAACCAUUCGGAAGAAGCAGAAGCGCACGGUCUCGGCAGACGCGAAGCUGUUGAACCAGAUUUCAAGCAAAGACCUGCUGAUAUCGCAUGUGCAACAUCUGGCUGAAGAUCUAGGCGUGGCCGGUCGGCCAACGGGUCUUUUCGAGGAAAUCGCCUUGGUUGUUACCGACUGGGAUGCCAACAUGCCGGCUGAAAUCAUGGACAUCCUUGUGCAGUUUUUGGAAACCAGGCAGGAUGACCCUAGACAAGCCGCACUGGUACAUUUGGACCUACACGGCAAGCUGCCCCGACUUUUGGGGGCGUUGAUAAGGAACCGCAAAUUCUUCGAAUCAAGUGCAAGCUCGGUGGAGACGCUGGAGCUAAGUCUUGAGGACGUUGAUCCACACCACGUCUUCAUGCCCCUCUUUCCGAAUCUCUCUUCCUUGCGCAUGUACCGGCCCGAGUUUCCGAGUAACAGAGCCCAUGUGGAGCACCUGGGCAUGCGGCUUCUGAGUCUGAACUCCGAAACUCUGCGCGAUGUGGCUAUAGUCGGCUUGGAUGCAGAUGAUGCCGUUUUCCAGAAUGUGAUCACCUGCUUGCCACGAGACGCUUGUAGCAGCACCACCCUGUGGCUCGUGGCUGGCUUAGAUGGAAUCCGGAGUGCUUUGGGCGCUUUGGGAGAUGAGCUGGAGAAAGCGCGCCGAUCGGGGAGGACUGGGGCCUUUGUCUCGAACUUGGCAGAGCUGAAGAUCCAUGUCCAGGCACCGAGCACCAGCUUUGAUAACAUCCGAUGUACCACGAAGCUGGCCCUCAAUCGUGGACUUACCGAAGAGGAGCAAGCUGCGAGGCGGAAGGUGCAUACGACCAUUCGCUCGACUCUGCCGGCGGCUCCGAGAGAUGAUGAAAUCCUCAUGUGCUUGUUCGAUGUCACGGCUCUUUCCCUUGGCAUUGCAAGUUCGGAGGGCUUUCGCCUCCUGGAGCCCGGCGCGACACUUCCAGCGCGGGUGUUACAGGCCAACAUCUCCAAGCCGGAGGAGAACUUGCUUGUAGAAGCCCGCGCUUUGGGUGGAGACUUGGUCCUGGAACUCACACUGGCUGGGGAGAGCACUGCCGGCAUGCUCGUCGAUUCUAUCAGCUCCCGAUUGGGAUGGACCAGCGCCAGUUGCUUCCUCCACGAUCUCCAAGUUCAACCCCAUAUGAGCCUGGCAAACUAUCAAGUCCUGACCAUCAAAGAGCACCGAGACAUCAAGAUGACUAGACUGAUCGAGAGGAACAGCAUCUUUCCAACGAAAACAACGAGGAGAUUCGCAGCGCGUUCUAGCAAUGUUGCAAUUCAGCUGCUGGAAGGUGAGGCUUCCCUGGCCGCUCAAAACCAGGUGCUGGCAGAGCUUCAGCUCGAGGGCUUGACUGCGGCAGAUAGCGCGGUAGACAUCACCCUGGAUAUCGAUGCAAACGGCCUACUGCGUGUUAAAGCUGUUGGUCUUGGUUCUGGAAAGUCUGCCGAAUUGGUGGUCGAGCAAGAUGAUCGACAUCGGUGGAGUAACCCAGAGGUCGAGCACAUGAUCGCGCAAGGCGAGUUAAGUUGGCGGCAGACAGCUUCUACCACGGCCAAGAGCAAGCUGUUCAAUCAGUGCACACACGUGCUCACAGACCGGGGCGAGACCGAGCAUGUAGAACUGGCAAGCCAAACACUGCGGUGGCUGGAGGAGAACGACACGUGCGAAGACGUGCAGCUGGUGGAGGGCCAGCUUCUAGCCCUUGAUGCUCUGAACAACAGAAUCGCAGAUGCGGUGUUGACCUUGGAAGACAUCGUAGAAGAGAUCAUUCAGGAGGAAAUCGUGGACGAGACCGACGUCUAUGUCGAUGUUGACCGGCAGUUGAAGAUCCAGGGUCGAAACGAACGGAAGUUCGACCUAGGCGUGUUCAACCCGAUUUGGCGGUCCAAAGCAGACAAGCUGAGUUUGGAGGAGGUCAAUGCAAUCUCCGCACAUCUGACGCGAACAGCUUUCACAGAAGGCGGCCGCUGUCCACUCAAGUACGAGACCGUGACAUGGCUCGUUGGUGAGGCAGAGGUGAUGAACUUAAGGCGCAAUGCAGCCUCAGGGCAGGGCCCCACUGAGAGCGACAUGCUUUACAGUCGCGGGCACGAGACCGAUCGGUGCACCCUGAUAUUGCAAGGACGACUCGGAGCUUUUGUUGGCCACGAGUCCUUCAAGACAGAGAAUGGAGCGUCUCGCGCCUCAAAGUCAGUCCCAAAACCUAGCCCUGAGAGGUUUUGA